AAUGAAAUUUUUUGCUUCUUUGUCGCUCAACUUUAGAAAUUUUAUCUUAUUUAAUGGUUAUAAAAUCAGAAAAGCUUUUAACUUGUUUUUGAAGCAAAUCUAUGGGGAUUAAGUGUGUUUGCUUCUUUUUGCCUUUUAGGUGUUCAUAUUUAAAAAUAGUAUUAAGCAACAACAUGCUGAGAAAGUUCUCAUUUUAUUUUCUUGUUAGUUUUCCCGGAAAAAGCAAAAGAGUAGAAUCUUGGAAUCUUGCAACUUGUUUUUCAUUUCCUUAUUAAGAAAUAUCUCUAGAUGUGUUUUCUUUAAACAGAAACUCUAUUUCCCUUCAAGUCAAAAUCAUUUUUUCAUAUUUAUAUCGGGAUCCCUAUUUAUAUCAAAAGAUAAUCUCAGAAGCUUGUUUCAAUGGAAUUCCAUGUCAGACUUAUGAAUAUUCCACUAAAAUGUUAAAUUUUUAUCUUUUGGGUAGUCUAGAUUCUCAACACUAUGACUCAUCCAAGUUUUUUUUUUGGGGAUCAUCUUAAGGCUUAAGCUUAAGGAGGAAGUUUCUCGUUGUUGUUUGAUAAAUUGAUCUUUGGGGUAUUUAAAAGAUGGGACAUUUCUCAUCGAUGUUUAAUGGAUUAGCUCGAUCAUUUUCGAUAAAGAAAGUGAAAAAUAACAAUGGAAACUGCGAUGCAAAAGAAGCUGCUGAUGAGAUGGCGAACGAGGCGAAGAAGAAAGAACUGAUUCUGAAAUCCUCUGGUUAUGUUAAUGCACAAGGAUCUAAUAAUUUAGCCUCUGUUUUCUCCAAACGCGGUGAAAAAGGCGUUAACCAAGACUGUGCACUCGUUUGGGAGGGAUUUGGGUGCCAAGAGGACAUGAUCUUCUGCGGGAUAUUCGAUGGACACGGUCCAUGGGGUCACUAUGUAGCCAAACAAGUAAGAAACUCAAUGCCUUCAUCGCUUCUCUGCAACUGGCAAAAGAUUCUUGCCCAGGCCACCCUAGAGCCCGAGCUUGACCUCGAAGGCUCUAAUAAAAAACUCUCAAGAUUCGACAUAUGGAAGCAAUCCUAUCUCAAAACAUGUGCAACGGUUGAUCAAGAGCUUGAACAUCACCGCAAGAUCGAUUCUUACUACAGCGGCACAACAGCUCUAACCAUUGUCAGACAGGGUGAAGUUAUUUAUGUCGCGAAUGUAGGUGAUUCAAGAGCGGUACUAGCCACGGUUUCGGAUGAGGGAAGCUUGGUUGCGGUUCAGCUCACACUUGAUUUCAAACCGAAUCUACCACAGGAGAAGGAGCGGAUAAUUGGCUGCAAAGGGCGGGUUUUCUGUCUAGAAGAUGAGCCGGGAGUCCACCGUGUGUGGCAACCGGACUCAGAAACACCGGGGCUCGCAAUGUCAAGAGCGUUCGGAGACUACUGCAUCAAAGAGUAUGGAUUGGUCUCAGUCCCUGAAGUCACUCAAAGACACAUCUCUACUAAAGACCACUUCAUAAUCUUGGCUAGUGAUGGGAUAUGGGAUGUGAUCUCUAACCAAGAGGCUAUAGAGAUCGUCUCCUCGAUGGCUGAGCGGCCUAAAGCGGCUAAGCGGUUAGUAGAGCAAGCGGUUCGGGCUUGGAAGAAAAAGAGACGAGGACUCUCCAUGGACGAUAUGUCUGUGGUCUGCCUUUUCCUCCAUUCUUCUUCAUCGUCAUCUCUAUCACAACAUCAUCAUGCCACGACUUUAAAGUAAAACUUUGCGUUGUAAAUAGCGUUACAGUUGUGACAUUUCAUCUUGAAAUCCGAAAUGUGAUUUUUUGGUCGCAGCCAUCAAUAUGAGUUGAUUUAUCUUCUCAA